AAAAUAUAACCUCCAUGACAUUUCAUGGAGGUAAUUAAAACCAAAACACAGUCACCACACAGAAACCCAGCCAUCACACUUACAGGGAAUUAACCCUCUCUCAUAGCCGAAAAAAAAACACAAUCAAGUGUGUAAGUAAGGGACACUGCUUAAAAAUCUAUUUCAUCACUACGAAUUAUAGUAUUUCCUCAUCACUUGUAAUUAUGUAAAUCAGUCAUACAUUUGUACACUAGUUAUCGAUACCUAACGAUAGAACUCUCUCUCGGUUACAGAUGCCACAUGUUUGAGAGUCCUUUCAUGGAAUAUGGCGCCUUGACAUCCAUUAUGCAAGUUAGUGCCUGAUUUGCACAAUGAGUAUCUUUGUCUCCCAAGUCAGUGGUUGAACUUCGACUUUUCACCUCGAGAGAUAGGUGAACCGGUUAGGCAGCCUUUACAGACGGAAUGUGACACUGGCAGGUCGGCACGGCAAGCUUGAAGAUCUCUACCUGUCGCCAAUUUGCCUCACAGCCGCACACCGACCAUGGCACCAGGCCUGACGUAUGUGGUAACUGGAGGGUGUGGGUUUCUCGGCUCCCGUAUCGUCGACAUGUUGGUGGAGAGAGAGAAGAACAUCUCUGAAAUCCGUGUGGUGGACACAAACCUUCGCAGCCGACCGUCAACAGCGGAUAGGGCAGGGGUUGAAGUCUCCCUUAUCCACGGUGACGUCACGGACAUGGCGCAGAUGACGGAGGCGUGCGCAGGCGCAGACGUGGUCAUCCACACAGCGUCACUGAUUGACGUCCUGGGAUUGGUCAGCGACGCGACCUUGUGGCACGUGAAUGUGAAAGGGACCGAGAACCUUCUGCGAUGCUGUGUGAAUGAGGACAUUCCAUCCUUUGUCUACACGAGCACUAUCGAGGUUGUGGGGCCCAACAGGCGGGGCGACCCGCUGGUGGAUGGGGACGAGAGCACGCCGUACGACAGCUCCUGCCUAGCGCUGCCGUACGGUCGGACCAAAGCAGCUGCAGAGGCCAUGGUUGUAUAUACGGAGAUGGCGAAAUGCCAGUACUAGGGUUCUAUAAGAAACGUGGUGUUGGCAUUUUCACGCGGCCCAUGAAACGCAUCUGUCCCCCCACGGUCAAAGUCAGCCGCCUGUACGUCGGGAACGUGGCCUGGGCCCACCUGCUGGCCGCCCAGACGCUAGUGACGUCACCGGAGACGGCUGGAGGCGAGGCGUUCUACAUAUCCGACGAUACGCCCCUAAAAGACGACGAUACGCUGUAUGCCGAGCUGUGCGCCCCUAUCGGGAUCCGUUAUGACGACAAUUUGGUCCUCCCUCUGUGGCUGCUGUACUUCAUCGCUCAUGUCUUAGCCUUAGUUCGUUUCCUUGUGAAGCCUUUUUACACCUUUGUCCCCCUGUUAAAUUCGGAAAUACUGACUAUCCAAAACACUACGUUCUACGUUAACUAUAACAAAGCCACACAGCUUCUCGGCUACAAACCACUGUUCAAGUGGGCAGAAUCUAAACAGAGAACAUCUGACUGGCUGGUAAAAUGGAAAGCUAGAGAGUUCUCAUAAGAUAAAGUACACAAUGCUUCUUUUACUGCAUUCCCUAGCUAGAUAGCAGUGUACAGGGCCUUUUAGAUCUUUCUUAAUACAGUCAUUGAUGAUUGUAACCUGUGCCUGAAAUUGUAACCCAUGCGUCCCAUGGCUGGCCCUGUAAAUGCGUGUAGAGCCUUUAGGUUAGUUUUUAAAAAAGAGGGUAGUCAUAAUAGUUAUCAAUGUCAAGUCGACGGAUGGUGGUUUUAAAUUAGUUGUCGCCGUUUGCAACCACUGUAUGUUGUGCUAUUGACAUUUGUGCAAGAUAUCAAUGUUUGACAUAAACUAUUCCAUUAUUUGUUAAACGAUAACAAUGGAAUCACAUCCUCCUAACGCUUGGUCCCCAACGGCAUUAGCCUAUGGGGCCCUGCUAUCUCAUGCCCUAUCAGUGGUUAUUAUGAUUGUCGCCACAAACAAGCUGUCAACCAAUCAGAGAAUAGGCCUUUCUUGGGCUUGUUGU